UUUUCACAUGUUUUCCUGACCAAGGCUUGGACUGACAAAGUAAGGGGUAUCCAAAGCCGACAGAAAGGGAGGGAAAGGGAGCCAACAAGACAACAUCACAGGCUACAUAGAACAUACACGCCAAAUUACCGUUGGGAAAGGCUGUCUUCACUCCACAUUGUAACUAUCUGCAACAAUUUGCUAACGUCAUUUCGUUAUUUGCGUUCCUGUCUACGUUAUAUCCACUCCUACUUGAGGUUUGAGGGAUGAACUCGCUGAGCACGUCGUCCAAAUGGCCGUCUUACGACUCACUCUCCUCCACCCCAAGUCUUCUCCUCAGCGAGAGCGAACACACGGAGGACGAGGCGGACCUCCUCUCCUCCGAGGGUGAAGGGGAGAGCAGAGGAGGAAGUGUGCUCUACUUGGCCGGUCGCGGUACAGGGGCCUCCGUGGUAGGCUUCCCCUUCCCGGGCCACCCCUCCGACAAGCAGUGCCGCAAGUCAUGUCCCGUCGAGGCUUCACUGCCCGCCAAGGGCCCCUCCCCCGGAGCUGUCACACUGGGCUCCUCCUCGGUCUCACCGGGGGACACAGCGUUCGCUCAGAAAUGUGCUGAUUUGCAGAAAUUUGUCAGACCGCUGAUUGAACUACUGAAUGGGCUGAAAAGGGGACGAUUCGAGAAAGGUCUAACAGGCUUCCAGCAGAGCGUUGCCAUUGAUAGAUUGCAGAGGAUUUUAGGAAUCCUGCAGAAGCCUGACAUGGGUGAAAAGUACCUCCAGACCAUUGUCCAGGUUGAGAUCUUGCUCCGAAUGUGGUUCCCUCAGAUAAAGCCUCAGUCUUCCAUCACACCCACCAAUGAGCGCGUCGUGCUGGGCCCUUCACGCUGGCGCCAGAACCAGUUGCAUAUCCCAGUCAAGAAGCGAAAGAUGAGCUGGUUGAACCCUGACCCCUCUGACACCAUCUGGCCACAACAUCAGCAAGCCAAGCGUCAUCAGAGCGGAGAUCUGGUUGACUGCUGCCACACAGUGACUUCAAACAAUGUUAUCUCGACGCGCCUACCAGGGACAUCUUCACAAAAGAGGGUAAAGGAGGAAAUCAAAUCUGGGCUUCCAGCAUGCGAACUCUUGGACAUUGUCGACCGGCGACAUUCGUCUAGCAGGAGGGAAAACAGAACAUGGAGAAGACUUCAGAACUCCCCACCUCCCUCCCUGCGUAGCAACCCGGCUACACAAGAUGGCUCUGUCUCGUCAAGCUCUGCCAUUCCCACGGCUGACUCACCUUAGCUGCUCCCGGUUUAUAGGUGUAAGGCUGCCAGACAGUUGAGGCCUGAGCAUGCCAGACAACGUGUAAACAGGGCGGGCCCCGAAUGACAUCACUUCCCAUCUAGCAGUGGAGUCGUUAGCGACAUGAGACCUUGCCAAGGCGUUGCAAGGGAGAACUGCUGCUUAUUUUAACACUCAAUCGUGGGAGGAAUAUGGACACUACGGACAUUGCACUAAGAAAACCUUCAUUUGCCUAUUGUUCUUUCUGCAAUUUCCUUUUCAUAUGUCAGUUCAUAAUACAAAUGUGUAUUCAUACAUGUAUUUUAUGGGUUUAAAAGAUAACGGUUUUGAUAAUCCAAUGUUUGAUGCAUCUUCCCAAUCAGUGCUCUAUUUUCGAUUUUGUCGUAUCAAAGAACAGACUCUGAGAACUAUUCAUGAUUUUUGGAAAGGCAGACAUGUAGGCCUGUCCUUAAACUGAAGUAAAGGAUCUUCCAAUGUAUCAGUCCUACUUAUAAAUUAGGACUUGCACAAAUCCAACAUUUCUAGCUACAUCAAUCUGUAGUGUAAACAGGCAUUAAGCCUUGGAUAAAAAGUGACACAAUGGAAAUAGCCACAAUUGUAGCUAUUAAAAACAAUAUUGCACAGACAAUUUACAGGCAUAAAAUGCCGGCUAAAAUAUGAUAUUAAAAAUUGUACUCGCACUUUGGAUGAUUACGAGGAGAUAUUAACUAAUGCCAAUGACCAAUCAUCUAGGUAUUCUUUUAAGAUUUACUCAAAAUAAAUACAACUUGAAAGCAAUGUUCAAAUGGCUUGUAGCCUGGUGAUUGUGCAAUCAGAAUUUUGUUUGGUUCUUGACUGCACUUAUUUAUUCUAGUGUUUUUAUUUUUACUCAUGCUCUUUUGACACUGUGGGUUUGAUAUUCUUGUUUUGUCAUUUACAACAUUGAAAUACAUAGUUGAUUGCCCUAUUUAUUUCAAAUGGGUUUAAUGUAGCAUCUCAAAAUAAGAAUUAUAUGUGGAAGACAAUAAACCAAUGUGUUCUCUGUUUCUACAAUUGUA